AACCGGAUUCUGGGAGUCUUCUUCGUUUUAUGUUAGUGAAGGCUUUUUUGUUUCAGUUCAGGGUUUUCAAUCCGACCUUUGGCGACGAGGAAGUGAAGAUUUUUGGGGGAAACAGUACCUUGUGAAGUGGAUUCACCUGAGUAACACAAUGGAAGAUUCAGAGAAAAGGAAACAAAUGUUAAAAGCAAUGCGGAUGGAAGCUGCUGCACAGAAUGAUGAUGGUUCUACAGGUCUUGAAACCUCCGGGGACACAGCUCACCUAUCCAAUCCCUUGGCAGAGACAUCCACUCACCAGCAGGAUUCUUGUGAAACGCCAAGGUUUGAUUAUUACACAGACCCCAUGUCUGCCUACUCUAGUUUCAAGAGGAACAAGACCCCUAAGCAACAAUACGUCUCCUCUCCUCAUCAUCAAACCAGCUCUCCAGUACCACCGCCACAAUUUCCACCGUCUGUUCCAGGAUCGUUGGGCAGUGAGUAUCAAGCACAUACCAAUCAUGGUGGUUUUCAAGCAUCUCAUUAUGAUGGUAAUAAUCUGCAUACCGGACCAAGAGGGAUGGGUCAUCUUUCACCCUCACACAGAGGUUCACCCGUCGCUUGGAAUAAUAACUAUAGGCCUCCACCAGUUAACCAUUUAGGUCCACCUCAAUGGGUACCUCGCCCUUUUCCAUUCUCUCAAGAGAUUCCUGACAUGGGGAAUAAUAGAUUUGGUGGCCGAGGCAGCUACAACAAUACUGCUCCACAAUUUUCCCACUACGGACGACAAAACUCUAACUGGGUUGGAAACACAUAUCCUAACUCAGGAAGAGGUAGAAGCCGAGGACGCGGUAUGAACACAAGCUUUGGGAGAGAUGGAGGAAGAAGACCCAUGGAACUAGGGGCAGAACGAUUUUACUCCAACUCCAUGGCUGAAGAUCCAUGGAAGUAUCUUAAGCCAGUCUUAUGGAAGGGUUGCUCAGAUGCUUGUAGUAGCAACUCAACAAGUCAAUCCUGGCUUCCCAAUUCUAUAGCACCAAAAAAAUCUGUGAACUCAGAAGCUUCCCACAAAGCUAGCAAUAAUCAGCAGAGUCUUGCUGAGUACCUCGCUGCUUCUCUAGAUGAGGCUACAGGCGAUGAGUCAAGCAAUUGAUCAGGACAAUUGGCCUGGUGAAUACAUCAAGUACAAGCAUCUGGAGUACCAUCAGAAUACCCGGAAAGAUCACCGAUGACUCUUUGGAACCAGGUAUCAAUGACUGUGUUCAUUUUAUUAACGAGACACAACAGCAAAUGAUGAUCAUAUUGGAGUGCCCAAUUAGGAGUUGAAUGGUGGUUUCCAUAGGGGGUGUUCUCCACUAAACUAUUUAGUUUUUUUGUUCUUUCGCUCAAAUUUUAGUUACUCUGCAAUUUUUGUAAAAUCAUUAUCAGGAGAAUUGUUGCGUGGUUGUGUUUGAGUUGGCCCGCAUUCGUAUUCUUAUCAUUUAUGCUACCAAGAUACUGAAUUUUGUUUUAUUUGGAUUCAUGCAAUUUUUAAGUAAAACUAAUUACAGUACUAA